AUGGGAGCCAUUGUUCCCCCCCGCUCUGACUGCCGGAUUUUUGCCUUCAUCUACAUUGUCCAAGAUGCCCACCACCACACCCACGCUCCAGCCUGGGGUUGCCUAGACCUCGUCUGCUACACCGAUUACUUCAAGACAGUCACCUGCACCCUGGAGACAUGGACCCUCCACCCCGGCACGCUCACCCUUACUUGGCAAGACCUAUACGGAGAACUAGUGGACGAGGUCACCUCCUGCAGCCUCCGACGGUCCACCCACAAUGCCACACACACAGAGUACACGUGCCACAUGGAUGUGUUCCACUUCAUGGCCGACGACAUUUUCAGUGUCAACAUGACAGAUCAGUCUGGCAAUCGCUCCCAGGAGUGUGGCAGCUUUGUCCUGGCUAAGAGCAUCAAGCCGUCCCCCCCUUUCAAUGUGACCGUGACCUUCUCGGAACAUUAUAACGUCUCCUGGGACUCCAAUCACGAUUCCUAUCCGCUGAAGGGCAAGCUACAACAUGAGCUGCGGUACAGGAGGCAGGGAGACCCCUGGGCACUGAGUCCGGGGAGAAAGCUGGUCUCCGUGGACGCGAGGAGCGUCUCUCUCCUUCCCUUGGAGUUCCGCUUUGACUCGGACUACGAGGUCCAGGUGCGCUCGGGGCCGCAGCCCGGCUCUUCCUUCCAGGGGACGUGGAGCGAGUGGAGUGACCCAGUCACCUUUCACACCCUGCCGGAAGGAAUCUUGGCCCCUACUACCCAGGCCCUACGCAGGCCCCGGGCCUCUGAACACCAGUGGUCUGGCAGGCCACUGCAGGUGGGGAGACCGAGGCCCGCGGAGGAGGGGACGGUGAAAUGGGUGGGCACGCCCUUCACUGCCUCCAGCUUGGAGCUGGUGCCCUGGAGCCCAGAGGCGCUUUCGUCCCUGGAGAUGCACACCGGCUGCCCGCCGCAGGGUGCUAGCAAGGGGCCGGAGCCCACGGAGCUGCCGGAGCCCGCAGACCUGGUGGAGGCGGACGGGCUGCCCGAGCUGGGCUUCUGGGGCCCAGCCCACUCCGUCGUCAGCAGCCUCGGUGGCUCAGCUUACAGCCAGGAGAGGGACCGGCCAUAUGGCCUCGUGUCCAUUGACACGGUGACCGUGGCGGGCACCGAGGGGCCCUGUGCCUGGUCCUGCACCUGCGGAGAUGAUGGCUACCCAGCCUUGAACUUGGACGCCAGUCUGGAGCCUGGCUCGAGCACUGGGGACCCGCUCUUGGACACAGAGACCACAGUCCUGUCCUGUGGCUGCGUCUCGACUGGUGGCCUUGGCGGGCCGGACAGCCCUCUGGGCAGCCUCCUCGACAGGCUGAAGCUGCCCCUCAAAGAUGAGGCGGGUUGGACCCCGGGGCCGCCUUGGAGCGGCGGGCCACCCCGAGGGGUGCCUGGAAGCGAGGCAGGCUCGCCCCCGGCCGGCCUAGACAUGGACACUUUUGACAGCGGCUUCGCGGGCUCUGACUGCGGGAGCCCUGUGGAGUGUGACUUCGCCAGCCCCGGGGAUGCAGGGCCCCCCAGGAGCUACCUCCGCCAGUGGGUGGUCAUGACCCCUCCACCUGAGGGAUCUGGGCCACAGGCCAGCUAG